CUGCUAAAUAAACAGAGGAGAGGAACUGCCAGGCAUUGCUGUCUGGCACCAAAAAUCAGCAUAGAAAAACAACAUAGAAUUGUGCUAACUGAUCCUGGAUCAUUGAUCGGGAGGCAUGAAGUUCCUGGACCUGUGAAACAAUUGCAACAAGGUCUGACACUCUUAACAGUUCAAAAGGAGGUUUCUGUUACCACAUCAGUUUCAUUGUGGGGGUUAGCGUGCUGUUUUAGCACAGUGAGAACAUAUACGUGGAUGGCAAGCAUGGGCAUUGUAUUUGAUAGUUAAUAGGUCUCUCACCUGUUGACAAGUGGACAUCAACAGUUAGCUUUACACAAACAAGGUUGUCGAUCAUUAUAGUCCCUCAGGCAACUUGGACAUUUUCUGCUGGCUAAACACGUUAAUCUGCCAAUGGGUUUGGAUGUUCAGGAUAAUCUGUUAUCUGAAUGUUGAUGCAUUCUGUUUCUAACAAUUUAAAGUGGUUUUGAAGUUUCUAGGUCCUUUUGUCUAGGAACUAUUGAAAUGGAAAGAAUUUGUAACCUGUAAUUUGUUGACGGCCCCUAACCACUUCCAUUGACUAAUCGGAAAAUAGGGAAGAGUCGGGGAAAUAAGACGAUACGAGACUGGGUGUGUGAAUAUCUGUCUAAAUGUCUGAAUAUCCAACGUUGUAAAGACCGUUGCAUUGUGUCUCAAAACCCCGGGACAAAGGGGGAAAGGGUCGGCGAGACUGGGUGUCCGAAUGUCAGUUGAAUAUUAAACUUAAAACCAACUUCACCUCGGUUUGUGCAGCUUGCACUCAGAACCCCAGAGUCCGGACUCUUCACUGUAAUAGCGUUCAAGAGCUAAGUUUUCAUCACGACGUCAGUUUGAAAUUCCGCGUUUCGGUGUACAUUACCAGACCCUGAACCCAAAAAGGAAGAAAAAUAACAUUGCCUAUUCAAUGAGUAAUUGAAAUCCAAACGUUCAGUCGGACCCACUUUUGACGCCACAUUGUUUUCAGAACGAAGUUGGGUGGUCUCCUGUCUGCACUAAGCCGUGUGGACGACCAAGGUGUGGAAACAAAACCUCCAUUGAAAAUUGAUCUGAAGGAAGAGAUGGCCAAGAGAGAGGACAGUGAAAAGAUAGUCAUCAAUGUUGGUGGUGUGCGGCACGAAACCUAUAAGAGCUGCCUUAAGACCUGGCCCGGCACCCGGUUGGCCCGCUUAGCGGAAUCUCUCUCAGAUGGCGAUGACGCGGAACCUGGUUCAAUCGGCGAGUUUUUCUACGACCGAGACCCAGGUAUGUUUACCUACAUACUAAACUACUACAGGACCGGAAGUCUCCAUUGCCCACCCAUGGUUUGUGGCUGCCUGUUCGAGAAGGAGAUGGCCUUCUGGGGGAUCAAUGACGCGGGCAUGGAGGCCUGCUGUUGGGUGUCUUACUGUUCCCACAGAGACAGAAUUGAAACCCUCCGCAAACUGGGACCGUCCGAUCACGAGCAACAGGACGGACACAACCUCCUCCUGCUCGGCCCUGAAUGCAGGGAGGCUUCACGGAGGUCAAAGAUAUGGGCCCUUUUUGAUGAUCCAUACUCAUCCAAGGCUGCAGAGGUCAUUGCUGUCAUAUCCCUCAUCUUCAUCCUGGUCUCCAUCAUCAACACCUGUGUAGGUACGCAUCCGUUUUUCCAUGAAUUCCAGGUGGUCCAUGUGGCGGUGACAGCUAACUACAUCAUGGAGAACGACACAGUGGAACCCGUGCCUUCUAAAGUGUUUUUCGUGGUGGAAGCUGUUUGCGUGGCUUGGUUCACCUUUGAGUUCCUGGUUCGCGUCGUCUGCUGCCCGGUCAAGCUGCUCUUCGUCAGCAAUCCGCUCAACAUCGUCGACUUUGUGGCUGUCCUUCCUUUCUACCUUGAAGUGAGGCCCGAGUUCCUCCCCAACAGCAUCAGGUGCAUUCUGGGAAUGGUGCGAGCGGUGCGCUUCCUCCGCCUUCUGCGGGUGUUCAGACUGAUGCGAGACGUCGUGUGUGUGCAGGUCCUGAGACACACUCUGCGGGCCAGCCUUGGCUACUUCUUCAUCAUCUCCGCUUUCCUGGGGGUGGCCUCAUUCAUGUUUGGCUCCUUAUUCUUCUAUGCCGAGAGCCUUUUGGACACUGUAGACAUGAAUGUCCAUGAUAUUUCCGGUAGUGCCUGGUGGGCAGUGAUAUCCAUGACUACCCUUGGCUACGGCGACAUCAUUCCAAUAACUUGGCCUGGCAAGGUAGUUGGAGGCCUGUGUGCUGUGACGGGUGUGCUGACCCUCGCCCUGCCUGUUCCUGCCUUGGUGAACAACUUCCGGAUAUACCACGAGUUGGUUACAGCUAAACGUAAACUGUCAACGAAGAGGAGGUACAACCCUGACCUAAAUGUUCCAGUGGCCUCAACCUCCGGGGACUUGUAUCACAACCAGGGUUCUGGCUGCCCUCUGGUGACUGAAUCAAUCCACUAAGAGGUGCCAUACUCAUCAUGACAGUGAAAAGUGUGAUGAUUCCUCCUGGUAGGAUUGCUCCUGGUGGGUUGCUCUAGGUGUGAAGGUAAAGUCUUCUGCGCUGUAAAACCCUGGAAGAGGCUGCCAUUCGGAGUCCUGAAUACCACCAUGACUGCACCACUAUAUCACAAAAACCGGUGACGAUGCAAGAGUUUUGCACUGUUACCUGAUUCAGGCUGAAAGUCACAUGCUUCGAACAGUGUAACCCACUACACAUUGUACAGUGCAAAUUAACAGUACUCAUUAUUUUAAUCGUAAUCAUUAUUUUAAUUUCAUUAUAAUUAAAUCAGCAAUGGGGUUCAGAUAUACUACUAUAAGGAGUUAUAAUGUAUUUACGUGUCAUCUGUUUAUAUACUGUUUGAUAAUAACUAACCAAAAUGAAACUCUUUUGAUUGCAAAUGAACUCUUACAAUGUAGCACUAACACAUAAUUACUGUUGUUUAACCUCAAUUAUGCUAUCAUCUAUGUAACUAUCUCUGAAUUUAUCAUUUUUAUUAAUUACCAUAUUGUGACAGUCAUUGGAAUUUCUCUCAAGUAAAUAAACAACAAAUGAAGAUUGAUUUGUUUGACGAUA